AAGUCACGCCGCGCUAGCAGAGUACUAAUUCCGUGCGGUUAAGGGGGAUGAUAGAGGAGAAAGAAGGAGAAAAAGAUAAGGAAGAAAAAGAAUCUAUAAACACGCAGAGGUGUAUCGGUUAUUAUCCAGGAAACCGACGCGUCCGACUCGCUGUCACCCGGCACAGGAGCAUCGUGGAACCUAACCUAGCGGCGGGUUUGUGCGACGAACGCUCGCUCGGCCCCCGCGUGCUUGCCAGGUCGUCCAUUUUGUGUUCGAAGCCUCUAAGACUGCUGCCUGCCUGCCUGCCUGCCUCCACGUGUCGACCGCCAAGCUAUUGACCGCUUCUUCUUCCCGCUCCGCGUUUCCCCGAACGGAAAACUUGGGAUGAAUUCUAACCUACGCGAGAGACAAGAAUUCGCGUUUGUUCUGUAGCAACGAGAUCGGUCGAUAUGCAAUACAGUUUCGCGAGUGAAUGAUAAACAAUAUAACGCGGCAGUGAUCACGUCGAGUAGUAGUGACGCUUCUUCGUUCGUUCGUUCGUGCUUAAUACACCUACCUACCUAGUGUGAUUUCGAUUCCUCGACGGCCUCGCCUGCUGUCCGAGAAAUUCCGAGGCGGUUUUCUCGCCUCCGAGGUCCGUGAUGCAGAGUUUAGACUCGUAGAGUUGUGUAAAGGUGUCGUCGUUACUAGCAGAAAGUAAAAAUAACGAGGAAGAGAGAAAUAGAGUGAGGCAAGGAAAGAUUCCGCACCGACUACAAAGUAAAGAAUAGCAGGAAAGAAGAAGAAGACUUGCCGAAGAUUAUAAAAGUCUGCUCUUCUCGCCCGUAUGAAGGAGGAUCGCUGGCUAACCUGACCUACCGCAACCGUAUCUAACCGAAUCAAAUCUCUAACCGAUACUAUAUACACACACAUAUACAUAUAUACACGUGUAUGCGUAAGAUGAUGACGGAAGAGAAGGUCUUCACGGUAGUGCGGAGUUGAAAGGCUGCUGAAGUGAAACGAGAGAUGUGAAGGAAAAAGAAAGAAAGAAAGAAACAGAAAUCAGAAAAUAAGACGGGGAAAAAAAGUAUCAGGGUUGAACUAUUAUACAGUUUAAUAAUCAGUUCGAAAUAUCGAGAAAGGAAGAAUCGUGCGGAAGAGAAGAAAAGAGAGUCGAAGAGAUCGGUUCGAAAGAUACGAUAGGAUCGAGCUAUUAUGAUAGAGGGAGAUACGCAUCAAGAUUUGAACAUUUUUUUCACCAAAAUGAUGGGGUUGCGGAAACGCUACGAUGAUCAACACAACGGCGUAUCAAGUUCAGCGUGUUUUAAUAACGAAUGCCGAUUUGCUAUCGACCAGUGUAGUUACUUUAUUCGCGAGUCGCGAUUAUGCAUCAGCAUCAGCAGCAGCAACAGCAACAGCAGCUUUAGCCACGAAUCAUAAAGAGAAAAAAAAUGAAACAGAAUUUUAAGAAUGAGAACAGGACAAAAGAUUCAACACAUAUUAUAUAAACGUGUCAGAUAUAUAAUAUUAUAAAAGUGAUACGUGUCAUCUAUACGCGUGGUGCAUCGGUGUGAGUUUUAAAUGACGAAAUUAUGAAUGAAUAAUACCUACGAAGAUAAUAAAUAAAUAAACAAACGUAUAAAGGGAUAGAAAAAAAAGUGCGAAAAAACGGAGUGUGCGGGGUGAAAUCUUAUCGAGUAACCUGUGUGUACACCGUGUAUCGUUCUAUUAGUGUUCGGGACUGCCACAUCACUGCAGACAACUAAAUUAUUCCUCGCAUACGACACGCACUGUAGCUGCGGUUUCUUCAAGUUCCUUCCUGCAAUCGCCAUCGCCGUCAUUGAUGUUUGUUGCAGUGCAUAAUGCGUUAGGUCUGAUGGAGAUGGAGGUGGGCAAACAAGUCCAGGUCGUGGGUGGACUCGGUGGUCCGGUUGGGGGAGACCUUCACCACCAUCAUCAUCCCCACGGUGGGCAUGGGCACCCCCUCGUUACAACGGCCACCUCGCCACGGGUUCAGCCCCAGCACAAUCAGCAUCCUUCGGCAAGAUCAACGCCCGCACAGCUGCUCAGGCCGACGCAGGAGUACAUCAGCAUCAAGAGCAGCAGUCCGGUGUCCCCCAGGGCCGGGGGUUCUUACGUUGGUCCCGGGGGUGCGGCGGGUCCCCCAGGAAGCGGAGGCGGUGGAGGCAACCCUGGCGGUGGCUACGUCGCCGUGCCGGGGAAUCUCCGCUACGUCAACCCUUACCCUCCACCGUCCUCGACGCCCGUCAACCAGACACCCCCACCCCCACCCCUACCCCAGUCGGGGGCAGCGGCCGCCGCUGCCUAUACAAGGGAUCCGUACAGAAAUGCGGUAUCUAGUGUGAACGAGAGGGUGGCAAUAAGUGUAAGCAGCAGUCCGGUAUCUCAGAUCGGGGUCGGUCUUGGAGGUCCUGAGUACAUGGCUAGCACCCGCCCCCGGAUAUCCCUACUUCCACCAUCUUCUGUCGCACCUUCGCCGGCGUCCGCUGCUCAGGAGUAUCACGGGACUCCGUCCAGGAUAUCGCGGGGUCUGAUGCAAAUGCAGAUAGACCAAUACUGUCCGAGACCUGUAGACAUUAACGCUCUUCAGGAUGCACCCGCCUUCAAAAAGAUCCGGUUAAGUCAGCCUCAGUCCUCAAUUCAAGGUCAAAACUCUGAUGUCUGCAUCAAGCAGGAGCACAUACAGCUCCAACAGCCGCUUAGGGUAGACACUAGGAAGCAGCCGACGGCAGGUGCAUACACUCCACAAACAGAGGCAAUUUCACCAACGUUGCCAGAGCCUGGAACGCAGGAAGAUGCGCAGUUCAGGACUACAAAAGAUGAUUUGCUACAACAGAUCGCUAAAGUAGAUAGGGAGAUCGCGAAGGCUGAAUCCCAAAUCAGUAAGUUGAAGAAGAAACAGCAAGAGCUUGAAGAGGCAGCAAACAAACCACUUGAAGCUCCUGGCAUGAAGCGGCCAGUUGAGGAACAGUCGCAACAACCCAAACAUCAAUCUCUGGCCCAAAAGAUAUAUGCGGAGAACAGGAAAAAAGCCCAAGGAGCCCACCGGCUUCUGGAUACAUUGGGUCCAAGGGUUGAACUGCCUCUGUAUAACCAACCCUCAGAUACGCCGGUGUAUCAGGAAAACAGGAGUAGGCAUCAGGCGUGUAUGAGAGCCAGACUAGUAGCGAGGUUGAGAAGGGAGCAUGUCGAACGUGCUUCGUUGCAUCGGCAACAGUCUCACACCUACGCUACUUUGGUCCAAGAAUGGCAUCGUAAGGUUGAUCGUUUAGAAAGUACUCAAAAAAAGAAGACUAAGGAAAGUAAGAACCGUGAGUUUUUCGAAAAGGUCUUUCCUGAAUUACGCAAGCAAAGAGAAGAUAAGGAGCGAUUUAAUCGUGUAGGAGCUCGGAUCAAAAGUGAAGCGGAUCUUGAAGAGAUUCUAGAUGGCUUACAGGAGCAGGAGAUGGAAGACAAGAAGAUGCGUUCGUAUGCUGUGAUACCUCCAUUGUUAUUGGAUACAAAGCAGAGGCGAAUUGCCUUCCAGAAUCGGAACGGUCUUCUUCAACCUGAAGAACUGGAAGCUUUGCAUAAUGAACGACGUCUAAUCAACGUCUGGAGUCCAAUGGAGCACGAACUUUUUAAAGAAAAAUACUUACAGCAUCCUAAAAACUUUGGAGCGAUAGCUCAAUCCCUUGAACAUAAAUCCGUACCAGAUUGUGUUCUGCAUUAUUAUCUCACUAAAAAGACAGAGAACUACAAACAGUUAUUACGAAAGUCUAGACAACGCACGCGCAGCUCUCGAAAUAAUCCUAACAAUAAGGUAAAUAAUAGCAACUCGGGAAUUGGGUCGAUAGAUAUUCUCCCUCCUGGUGUUACGACGAGGCUUCAGCGGGAGCAACAGCAAAAGACGCAGGAGAAUCCUCAGAGCAACGCCACAACGAAUACGACGAAUACAACUGCGACAGUGGCAAUGACAACGGCAUCUGCGCCGUCUGGUACGGCCGUUGCUACCGUUGCCAGUACUGUCACAUCUUCGAGUACAUCAAGUUCGAAUACACUUACAGACGCGUGUAUAACGACCACAACAAUUACGCUUACCACAACUGCCACAACUAGCGUCACGACUAUUCCAACAACGAGUAGUACGAAGGACGCUAAAGAUGCAAAUAAAGAAAACAAGGACAGUAAAGAAGGCCUUAUCAAAGACAUCAAAGAGGAAUCACACUCUAGUUCCGAAACAGCUUCGGGAAAGGAUGCAAAACCCAUAGUAGACAGCAAGACGGUGUUGUCGACGUCAAUAAAUGUCAGUACACCGGGUAUUCUGUCUUUGCAAACCGAUGGAAAAGAUAAAAAAAAAGCUGGCAACGGAAAUGGCGGAAAUGUCAGCAGGACAAAGGAUAAGAAAAAGGAGAAUCAUGCGACGCCUAUGGAAACCAGCGAUGAAGAGGCGCCCCAUCCGAUGGAGAUUAUUGAAGGUGGAAGGCAGUUGGGACCGCACAGUUGCGUGGUCUGCCAGAACACGGUUGAGGGCGGAGGGCAAAGUCGAGCCUUGUCCAGGAGUCAGGCGUCCCAGUACGGGCUGAGAGAAGACCAGGUUGGACCCGGAGCUCGCGUCUGCAACACAUGCAGGUGUAAAGCUGUUCGCGGACGAUAUACCGCAUGUCCGCUUCCCGGAUGCCCAAACUUGAAUAACGCCAAUUCGACCUCUAAGACACGGGUGAAACGACUUCGAGCACUGCCGUCCAAAUGGAACGACCUUCCACCUGAGAUACGCGACCCGGUGGUACAAGAAUUUCAGAUUAGCAGUAACGUAACAAAAUGCUGCUCGGCAUGUUUCAACCGGAUAUCCAGACGUCUUGCCCCCCAUUUGACAGGGAGUGCCGAUAAUGUAGAAGACGUGGAUGGACCGGGGCGUCAAUGGACGGAUGAGGAAUUGGAACAACUGAAGAGAGCCUUGCGGGAGCACGGAACUAACUGGCCUAAAGUGUCUGAGCAAAUAUCUGGGAAGACCAAUCACCAGUGCAAAAACUACUACU